AUGAGCCUUGAGCAAGAGCUCGACAGCAGCGUUUACUACGCCGCGCUGAGCCUGAAUUCGACAACACUAUAUACCUACGACAAUGUCAACUUUACGAGCAAGCUGAAUGUGAACUACUCGGAGCUCGUGUCGAAGAAUCUGGGAGUGAUCAAUUCUGUCCAGGAGACGAGAAUCAACAGCCUCAAGCUGGCGGACAACGUGGUGAUGGGCGUGACGGGUUCGCACGGGACGAGCCCACGCAACAUUCUCACGAACCUGAUGCUCUACUACCACAAGAAACUGAUGAAAAAUAACAACUUAAUUACAAUUGUGGCUCUUUGCAAUGAUCGCAUGCUCGAUCGCUUCGUGUACAAUCUGAUGGAGAAAAUCAUGGAAGAGUAUUUGACGCACUUCUAUCAAACGGAAGACGGCGCGCUCAGUUACGAAUUUAAGAACAGAAUGCGCGAUCUGAUUGUGGAUCACGAACUCAAGCUGCGGCAGUUGACGGCCAAUUACGGAGCCACCACGACUCACGAACUAGACGAAAUUCGAGAUCUCAUGUCCGAAAACAUCGACCGCAUCCUCAACAGGGGCGAAAACCUCAACUCUCUCAUUAACAAAACCAGCAAUCUCAACUCCUCUGCUGGCUCAUCUGGUGGUCCAACAUCAAGUUCAUCGUUCUUGUCAGCACCGUCGUCCUUUUCGUGA